AUGCGAAAGGGGGGGCGUGCAUCCAGGUACCUGUUCAAGUACAUCAUCAUAGGGGACACAGGCGUGGGCAAGUCAUGCCUCCUGCUGCAGUUCACAGACAAGCGCUUUCAGCCGGUGCACGACCUCACGAUCGGCGUCGAGUUCGGCGCGCGCAUGAUCAACAUCGACCAGAAGCAAAUCAAGCUGCAGAUCUGGGACACGGCGGGCCAGGAGUCGUUCCGGUCCAUUACGCGGUCAUACUACCGGGGAGCUGCGGGCGCGCUGCUGGUGUAUGACAUCACGCGGCGGGAGACAUUCAACCAUCUGGCCAGCUGGCUGGAGGACGCGCGGCAGCACGCCAACCCCAACAUGACCAUAAUGCUCAUCGGCAACAAGAGCGACCUCUCGGUGAGGCGCGGGCGCGUCACCACUUAG